AUGGGCUACACAGUUCCCGCAGAAGAUCUGCCCGUUCCGGGUCGGGACACGUACUUCUGGCUCGGCGAGAUCAACAAAUCAAGUCUCGUCAUCAACUCGGACGAAGGCCUGCUUGAAUCCGAAACGGCUCAUCGAAUCGCCCGUGGCCUGCACAAGCUACUGAUCUCGGGAAACCAACCCAAUGCUCCACGUCCAAGUCUCGUCAUAACCUUUGAGCCACUGCUCAUCGAGGCCGCUGGCGUUGAAGCGACCCUUCUCCAUGCCGGACGUUCGAGUCAAGACAUGCUCACAACGGCAUCGACAGCCAUCAUCCGCGAUGCCGUGCUCAAGCUAGCCUCGCAACUCCACGCAACCACUCGCCGGUUACUCAAACUAGCAGAAACCCAUGCCGGAACUCUCGUGCCGAAUUACACCAACGGUGUCGCAGCACAACCGAACUCAUACGGCCACUACCUUUUGGGACACGUCGCUGGGCUGCAUCGCGAUGGUGAGCGGUUGCAGCAGUUGUACGCCAGACUCGAUAGGUGUGCGAUGGGUACGACCGUGCUCAACGGAACGAGUUGGCCACUGAAUCGCCGACGCAUGGCAAAGUAUCUCGGUUUCGCCGCCGUUGUCGAUAAUGCCUACGACGCAGCGCAGAUAUCGGCGGCAGAAAUGCCCGUGGAGAUCGGCGCAAUUGCAUCUCAAAUCGCUCUGCAUGCCGGCUCGUAUAUCCAAGACGUCAUGGUGCAAUAUUCACAGCCAAAGCCAUGGAUUCUUCUUCAAGAAGGCGGCGAGAACACGUACGCCUCAAGCGCCAUGCCGCAAAAGAGAAAUCCGGGGCUGCUCAACAGAGCCCGGGCUGAGGCUUCGCGAGUGGUGACCCUAGGAGUCGGGAGAGCCAUUCAAGGUCAUAAUCUCCCUCCAGGAAUGGUAGACGCCAAGGACUUGGGAGACAACUUGGCGGUCGUCAACGGCGCGACUGGCGUGCUCAACGACUGGUGUCGUAUUCUCAACGCGCUUUCCAUCGAUGGUCAGCGCUCUUUACGGGAGUUGGACUUGGAUUGGACGGCCUCACAGGAGCUGGCCGAUAUCCUGAUGCGCGAGCACAAAGUCCCGUUUCGCGUCGGACAUCACUUUGCGUCGGAGGUCGUGAGAUACGCUAAAGCGCAAGACCUCUACCCAAGCAGCUUCCCGUAUGCAGAAGCUUCGAGGAUAUUUACGGAAACUUUGGAACACACCGAACUCGAGGCCGAGAGAUAUUCCUUCUUGAGCGAGCAGGAUUUCAGAGACGCCUUGGAUCCGGCUGGUAUCAUCAAGCGUCGAGCGACAUUAGGGGGCCCCCAGCCGGAGGAAAUGGAAAGAAUGUUCGAUGGCUCGAAAAGAAUCCUCCAAAGUCUGGAAAGUUGGGUUGCUGAGCGUAAAUCGCACAUCAACAGCGCUUUGGGAGAACUAGACACAGCUUUCGGCACCUUCUUAAGCAGCGAAUGA